AUGACAAUUGAUUUGUCGACUGUGCCGCUUGUUGCAGCCACUAUUGCGAGCAGACAAAUUAUCGCAACAAUGUUAAACCCCGUGAAAGUUUUACCAAGCGAUAACGGUUUGCCAAGGGAUUGGAGAGGCUUGGCGCAUCAGUUAGAAUUCAGCUCAAAAUUUGUGUCAAUGCUUGUGUCACAUUCUGAUCCAACAAUGCGCAUAUUCACAGAGCUGGCAGACAAAAAUAAAAAAGACAUUACAAUAAAAGAUUUUCAAGCAAUGAUGGAACAGAUGGAUAGAUGGGACGUUAUUGAUGACACUGAAGCUUUGUUCCAAAGUGAUGCUGAGAGGUAUUUGGAGCAUCAGCAAAGAGCUCAAAUGUCAGCAGAUCCGAUGGACGAAUGCAUUGAUAAAAAAAUACUUACUUUAGAUGAUAUUCACAGAUUAAAGCAAGGUUUAGGAUCGCAAUAUUACGAUGCAUUUCUUUUAUAUGCAGAAGAGGAUAUUGACUUUGUGAAUGAGAUGAUUGAGAAGCUUGAGAUACAAUUUAAGCUAAAGCUGUGUUUGAAAGAUCGAGAUUUGGUAGCUGGUUUAGAAUUUGAACAUGAAGCAGUAAUGGAAUUAAUAUCUGAACGGUGUAACAGAUUACUCAUUAUAAUAUCACCGAAUUUAAUGAAACAUUCAGCAAACAAAUUUUUUUUAAACUAUACUCAAGCUUUAAGUAUCGAAAAGCGACAAAGAAAAAUUAUACCAUGUAUAUACAAAAGCUGUGAAUUGCCAUUUCAACUGAAAUAUAUAUUUAAUUUGGAUUAUAACCGUAAAGGAUUAUUUGAUUUUUGGGGCAGAUUACGUGAUUCUAUACAAGCUCCGAAUUCUACUGCUAUAAGCAGUUCAACUCAAAUAGGAAAUAGCAGUAUAAUGCAGACUACAGAAAUAAAAAAAACUUUCUCCGAUAAGUACAGUGACGAACCUCACAUUACUCAAAAAAUAAAUGAAGAAGCAUUAAAAUCUCCACAACAGAAGAGUGAAAAUUGUAAAAGUGAAAUUAUCGCGAAAGCAAUAAGUGAUAUAGAAACUUUAAAUGUUAAUAAUAAAAAGAAUAAGACAUUGUUACGAUGGGAAAAAAUUACUUCAAAUUUGAAGACGAAGCAAACUAAAAAAAGUGAUCAGUUAACUACAGAAGCAAUUGUUCAAAAUCUGCCAUCAGUAGAUAACUUAGACAGCUUAGAUUUAUCAAGUACUCACGUAUAUAAGAAAAAGAAGAAAAAUUUAUUUAGCAAGUUUACAAAGAAAAAAAUUCCUGUGAAGACUUGAAGACAAUCUUUAUACAAAGAAUUGUAUAUAAAAAUCAUAUUUAUAUGGUAUGU